CACACACACACUCAGUCAGGCAGGCAACAGAGACAGAGAGCAACACAGAGAGAAGGAAAACACUAAAGAUAGGUAGGUGGGUUAAAGAAGAAACAACAACAACGAAGAUUAAGUAUGUAAACACGGUUAUGUGAGCUAUUGGAUCACUCCAAUAUGGUAUCCUUCCGUGCCGCAGGAUACUUUCCGAGUAAGGAUUUUCAGGCUGGAACAAUGGAGAUGUGUAGUAGCGUGGUGUUGGGAGGCCUGGUGUUGUUGCUUCUACUGUGGUUGUUCAGGCUGAGGAGACAGAGACAUGUCCAUCUACCCCCAGGACCCUGUGCCCUGCCGCUGCUAGGCAACCUGCAUCAGAUUGACAAACAGGCCCCCUUCAAGACACUCACCAAGUGGGGUGGUGUGUAUGGGCCAGUGAUGACAGUGUAUCUUGGGCCCCAGCGAGCCGUGGUGCUGGUGGGGUACGGGGCAGUCAAAGAGGCUCUGGUGGACCAGGCUGAGGAUUUCACAGGACGAGCUCCUAUCCCCUUCCUGGUCCUUGUUACCAGGGGAUACGGCCUGGCCAUCAGUAAUGGGGAGCGUUGGCGCCAGCUGCGUCGUUUCACCCUGACCACGCUGAGAGACUUUGGGAUGGGUCGUAAGAGGAUGGAGGAGUGGGUACAGGAGGAGAGCCAACACCUCAUAGACAGUCUAGGCGCCACUAAAGCCGUGCCCUUUGAUCCUCAUCCAUUCCUGAGUCGCACCGUGUCCAACGUCAUCUGCUCCCUGGUGUUCGGCCAGCGCUUCGGCUAUGACGAUGACAACUUUCUGCACUUGCUCAACAUCCUCUCAGCUGUACUGCGCUUUGGAAGCAGCCCCUGUGGACAGCUGUACAACAUCUUCCCCUGGCUGAUGGAACAACUGCCUGGUCGGCAGCAAGUCGUUUUUCGCCAGAUGGACGAGUUGAGAGGCUUUGUGAUGAAAAAGAUCCACGAGCACCAGGAGACCAUUGACCCAGGCAACCCUAGAGACUUCACAGACUGCUUCCUCACCAGACUCAACCAGGAGAAGGAUGUGUCCUCCUCUGAGUUCCAUUACGAGAACCUGGUGUCCACAGUGUUGGACCUCUUCCUUGCAGGAACAGAGACCACCAGCACCACUCUCAGAUAUGCCUUCAUGCUGCUCCUCAAAUACCCCGACAUUCAGGAGCACGUUCAGCAGGAGAUCGACACAGUGAUUGGCCGACAGCGCGUCCCUCAGAUGGAGGACAGGAAGUCCCUCCCCUUCACAGAAGCCGUCAUCCACGAGAUGCAGCGCUUCCUGGACAUCGCCCCAUUGAACCUCCCGCACUAUGCCACCAAGAAUAUCUCAUUCAGAGGGUACACUAUCCCUCAGGGCACCGUGAUCCUUCCAAUGCUGCACUCUGUUCUGAGAGACCAGGACCACUGGGCCACGCCCACAACCUUCAAUCCCAAUCACUUCCUUGAUCAGAACGGAAACUUCCAAAAGAACCCCGCCUUCUUGGUUUUCUCUGCAGGUAAGCGUGCCUGUGUGGGAGAGUCUCUGGCUCGUAUGGAGAUCUUUCUGUUCCUGGUGUCUCUGCUGCAACAUUUCUCCUUCUCCUGCCCUGGAGGACCUGACAGCAUUGACCUCAGCCCAGAGUUCAGCAGUUUCACUAACGUGCCGCGUCACUACCAGCUCAUCGCUACACCCCGCUGACCAGGAGGGGAAUUGCAGCCGAACUACAGGAGGAGUACUCAGGAGGAGGAGUAGAGAUGAGGGAGGUAGGGACAGCACAGGAGGUUGGUUCCCAUAUGUCUGAUGCCAUUUCAUAAGCUUGUUCCAGCCAUUAUUAUGAUGAGCCGUUCUCCCCUCAGCAGCCUCCACUGAGGGACGGGUGUCUGUUCUUUUGUUUGUUUUUCAUGACAAUGUGAUGCUUUGUGAUACUUUGUGAUGUGUGUUCUUUAACAACGAAUGAUUGGAGAUUUUUCUCGUCAGUAUAGUUGGAUCAGGAGAAACUCAGGGUCCUGGGAGUGAAGUCCUCUUUGUCCUUGUCUUGUCGUGUCCCGUGUAUAUAUAUAUUUACAUAUUUUCUUCGCAUAUCUUUAUAUAUUGUUUUUUCCAGUAAAAAUCUCAACUUCAAAACACUCUCCUGCAACCCACCUCACCAAGAAAAAAAAUAAGUAUUAUUCACCUCAAAUCUGAAAUCCACAAAGAAGCUAGCGUCAGUUUACUGGCUAACGUUAGUAUUCAGCUAACCACGGUUGGUGGUCAUCAGCUGUCCUUUAGCCUGAAAAGUUAUCGUCAGUUUUGUACAACGCGACUCAGACCAGAGCCUACCGGACCUAUUUUCUCUCCAUAUCCCCAGAUUUCUACCGCAAGCUCUGGACAUUUACACCUGGAUCUUGCAGCUAGCUAGCUGCUAUCCGAGUGACUAUUGCCUAUGUCAGUCCUGGAGCAAACAUCAAUUAUUCCGGAGCUAGCCAGCUAAAGAGUUCCAUCAGCCACUCCUGGGCUACAAUCACCUAUCCGGACCGGUUUUACUGCCGACGCGGAGCCCCACCGGGCCUUCACGACUGGACUAGCGACAUCAAACAUCUCCAAUCCAAAUCUACAAUUGGCUUCCUAUUUCGUAAAAAGCAUCCUUCACUCAUGCUGCCAAACAUACCCUCGUAAAACUGACCAUCCUACCGAUCCUCGACUUCGGCGAUGUCAUUUACAAAAUAGCCUCCAAUGCCCUACUCAAUAAAUUGGAUGCAGUCUAUCACAGGGCCAUCCGUUUUGUCACCAAAGCCCCAUAUACUACCCACCACUGCGACCUGUAUGCUCUCAUAGGCUGGCUCUCGCUUUAUACUCGUCGCCUAACCCAUUGGCUCCAGGUCAUCUACAAGACCCUGCUAGGUAAAGUCCCCCUUAUCUCAGCUCGCUGGUCACCUUAGCAGCACCCACCUGCAGGUAUAUCUCUCUGGUCACCCCCAAAACCAAUUAUUCCUUUGGCCGCCUUUCCUUCCAGUUCUCUGCUGCCAAUGACUGGAACGAACUACAAAAAUCUCAGAAACUGGAAACACUUUUCUCCCUCACUAGCUUUAAGCACCAGCUGUCAGAGCAGCUCACAGAUUACAGCACCUGUACAUAGCCCAUCUAUAAUUUUGCCCAAACAACUACCUCUUCCCCUACUGUAUUUAUUUAUUUUGCUCCUAUGCACCCUGUGCUUCUACACCUGCAUUGCUUGCUGUUUGGGGUUUUAGGCUGGGUUUCUGUACAGCACUUUGAGAUAUCAGCUGAUGUAAGAAGGGCUAUAAAAAUACAAUUUGAUACAUUUUGAUUUGAUUUGAUUAUUUCUACUUUGCACAUUCUUCCACUGCAAAUCUACCAUUCCAGUGUUUUACUUGCUAUAUUGUAUUUACUUCGCCACCAUGGCCUUUUUUUUGCCUUUACCUCCCUUAUCUCACCUCAUUUGCUCACAUCGUAUAUAGACUUAUGUUUCUACUGUAUUAUUGACUGUAUGUCUGUUUUACUCCAUGUGUAACUCUGUGUAGCUGUAUGUGUCGAACUGCUUUGCUUUAUCUUGGCCAGGUCGCAGUUGUAAAUGAGAACUUGUUCUCAACUUGUCUACCUGGUUAAAUAAAGGUGAAACAAAAUAGUGCUGAGCGAUUAGUGCUUUUUGAGGUCAGUUCGGUUUCAUAAUUUUUUUUUUUAAAUCACGGUAAAAAAAUGUUUUAACAUUAAAUAUAGUAUGUGGGUUGAAUGCUGUAACACAGAAUAACACCAUGAAUAAAAGUCCCAUGAUGGUAGUGAUGCCCAUUACUGCUGAUCCCUUAUUAACCAUCAUGGAUUCACAGUACCUCACUUUAAUAACAUA